CGAGUUCAAAUUGCGAUGGCGGACCUCCAUCGAGACAUGGAGAAGCUGGCCGUUGACCGCUUGGGAACGUCUAUGAGGCGUCUGAAUGAAGCCAUCGACAGCAUUCGCGCUGUUCGAAUGGAUCCUUCCGUGGACAUUGAAGCCAAAAUCCUUCAAGUUCUGCCCCUUGCACCAAACAACAGCAUCAGCGAACGGCUACUCGCUCUUGUCGACGCCUUGUCUGAAGCAAUCGCGGAAGCCGAAGCUCUGGAAAGCUCUCGAGAUCCUCCUGUGAACAAAACCAAGCCUCGAGCGCCGUUGUGCCUGCUCAGUCUUCGCGACUACACCACCGUACAAGCAGCCGUCGAACUGAUCCUCGUCUGGGGUGCGUAUCCGUGCGUCGAAGCUGGCAUUCUCACGCCAAUCCCUCAACGUGUGGUGGCCAAGACCUUCAAGAUUGACCGCGCCAUGGUCCAACAUGUGGCCACGCUGGAAUCAAAUCCCUCGACGCCUGCUCAUUUGGACAACGUCCUGCGGGGUUUAUUGCACGUUCUCGAGUUGUCUCAGUUCAAACCGAUGCUGUUACCAGCCUACUUGGCCGACUUGCUUGCGUGUUUGGUGUAUCGCAUCCACUGCCAGCCGUCCCCUCCGCCCACCGCCGCAGCGGCCCGACUGCAGCAGCUCAUGGAUGUCUUGCCCAUUCGUGUGUUCAUGGGCAGCCUGCGCGGCGUCCUCGCGACGCCACAUGCCAACACGACGUUCAAAGCGCAAUGUGGACAUCUCCUAUCCCAGUGCGUGCUGAAGGACGGCGGCGUACUCGCGACCAUCGAAAUGCUGCUGAGCUCCGUCGACGACGGCAACACCCAAGCGCGGCUACACGUGGCAGCGCUAGUCGCUAGAUGUCCUCGUGCGCUCACGACCACCCAAUACCUGCUCGCGAUCGGGCCCCAGGUCAUGUGGCUGCUCACAUACCCCACGACCAAACUGGUGCGAGAGGUGGCGGGGUUGACAGUGUCGCAGCUCAUCCUCGACCAUCCCAUCGACCUUGUGGACCAGUGUGUCUUGCGGCCGUUGUUCCUUCCGCUCUUGCGCUUCAGCCUGCCUCCGCCAUCCCCUGCGACAGUGUCUGACGGCAUUGCGUUUAUUUCCACGGAAAACGAGCUCGACGCGUGCAUUUCCGCGUUAAAGUGCAUGCUACUCGGACCGGUGCCGCCGGCGCCCGUCUUGGAAGCCCUUGUGCCUGUAUUUCGACCUCUGGUGUACCUGGACGCCUUCGCCCGUGCCAGUAAAGCAUACGUCCACGCUGACACGCAGCAGCUUCUUCUGCUGUUUGUACAGCAGCUGCCAUCGGCCGCCUCCCGCCUUGCAUCGUGUGUACUGCCCUCGUCCACGCCCCUUCGCCCGUCGCUGUGCCCCGACGACUGUACGACACCGCGUCACUCCACGUCCCAAGUGGUGUAUUGCGCCGGCGGAUCGGGGGGGGUGGGGCUGCGACAGGACCAACCACAUGAUGAUAACGUCAUCAUUGAUAACGUCAUCGACGCGAUCGUGGAUCUGUUGGGGCAGCCUCAACUGGACGACCAGAACAAUGUGGUCGUGGGCGAACUGUUUUCGCACCUGUUGACAACAUACAUGCACUUGAAGACAUCAUCUCAUUUGGAACCAUCAAACGAUCGAAGCAAGUCUUCCGACACGGGAAGCAUGCGACUGCUUCUUCGGCUCACGGAAGACCUAGGCCCUGCGGUGUUGCGCAGCGGGGUCCUUGUGCUGCAGUGCUUGGUAACGGUGCUCUCCAUGUACACAAACCAGGAUGCUGAUGCUAUUGGUGACAACGAUGCUGACGACGAUGACGACGACAUGGACGUGCUCAGUGUGGGGCUGAGCAUGGCUACGACGAUCGUCCAGGCAGGCGCCGCCGCGCGCUCGGCGGACGAGGAAGCCCUCCUCACGCAGAUGCUGGUGCCGUUGGAACAGCUGGCGAGGCACCCCAAGGCGCCGAUUGCGGAGAUGGCCAGUGACUUGUGUCUGCACAUCCUCGCUCGCUCCGCAGACGACCACAAGCAGGACGUCAUGACGGCAGCGCAGUCGUUCGCGGAGAUGCUGGAUAGGUCCAAAGCCGACUUGCAGAGCGCCCAAGUGCCGCUGCGGGCGCGGGGUCUGGCCCGACUCACGCGGUGGAUUCGACGACGCCAGCCUGUGGACAACGUCGAGGCGUUGGUGGCGCUGUGUGUGCACCACCUGGCAGACGCAGACAGCUACGUAUAUCUGGCCGCCGUUCAAGUACGUCGUAAUUUAUCCUCCGUGGUGAAGGGUAUGCAAAAGACGAUGGUAUAUAUAUAUAGGCUUUAGCUGGGCUGGGGGAUGUGUACGCAGACAAGACGAUUCCACUGCUGCUGGACGCACUAGCGCAAGACGCCACGUAUUCGGUGGAGCAGCGAAUCAAGCUCAGCGAAGCGCUCUUAUUUACAGCUAGACGGUGUGGCGACGUCAUGCCCAAGUACGGCCGAGCAUUUGUAUUUGGGUACUUGCGAUGUAUUCGCUCGAGAAAGCUUCCCAACGACGCCAACGAAAUCGAGGAAACCACGCUACGAGCUAGUUGCUUGUCCAACUUGGCCGAAGUGUGUGGCCUGCUCCACUGGGCCAUCUCCCCGUACAUCACCGACGUGGUGGGGUGUGUGCGGGGUAUCUUGGAGACGGAGCGAUUGGCCACGGAUGCCCACAUUGCCCUUCGUCGAGGCGCGGUGUUUGUCUUGUAUAAUAUGUUGCAGGUAUGUACUAUUCAUACAUAUGUGGAAAGGAAUCGAUGAUGGAUCGGAUGGUGGUGUUGGUAGUUGAUGGGGCGAGACAUCCUCGAAGCAGUGCCAGAUGCGAUGACCCCCAUCUACCGGCUCUUGAAAAUGGAAGCGUCGACGGAGAAGGACGCCGUGUGCCGGUUCCAUGCCGAGAAUAGCGUCAAGGCACUGGACACGAUCAUGCGCGGCGAGCUGUUCAACGUUGGCCAAGCCAGCAGCAGCCGUCCUGGUGGCCUGCCGUCGCUUAUCUUCUUGAACCAAGACGAACGUUAAAUCGAAUAACGUAAAAGUCCAAUUUAAGGU